UAAAUAAUUAAAAACGCAAACAAAUCCAUAUAUUUUUAUUUUAAUCUUUAUAAUUUCGCUAUACAAUAAUCAAUAAUGAUUAUCAAUGAACAAAAAAUAACAGGGAUUUUGAAUUCUAAUAUCAGUGAACAUCCUAAAUGUGCCCACGGACCCACUUUAUUAUUUCAAAGGACGUAUAAUGACAACAAAAUUAAAUAUUUUUAUGCUUGUUCAGCUUGUAGAGAUAGGAAAUUAUGUAAUUUCUAUUUAGAAAAAGAUCAACAAAUGACAUUGUCCCAAAAAAAAUUAUGGGAUCAGCAACUUCAAAAGCUAUCUAAAUCUUACAAUCAUCAAAAAUGCUUCAUCAGAUUUAAUCAAUUAUUAUGUGAAUCGCCAGAUAAAAGACUUUAUUGUCAUACAUGUGAAGAACUUUUAUCUAGCAAUGAUAGCCACAAGCAUACCAAUCAUGAAUUAACAUUUAAUUUAACUGAUGAUCAAAUGAUGAACCCUACAACAUUUUUGCGACCUCUUUCUGAUGCAAAAAAAGAAGCACAAUAUUUAUUUUCUACGAAAGCUACUGUUGAUAUUGUUGAUAUGAUUUUAAAUCAAGGUAUUAAACAUGUUUUGUGCAUAGGAGCCCCAAGGAUUCAUGAAUUUCUAACUCAACAUUACAAGGAACAAGUGUCUAGCCUUCUUCUAGAUUUUGAUAAAAGAUUUCAUAAUUUCUUCGGACCUCUUGAAUACUGUUGGUAUAAUCUCUUCAAUAAUUAUUUCUUCAAAAACGAAUCCAAACAAGUUUUUAAAGACUUUCUAACCCAGAAUAAUGGUAAAGAUAUUCUUCUAAUCUGUGAUCCACCUUUCGGAGGUAGAGUAGAGUUUAUUUCUCAAACAUUAAGGACAAUAAGUGAUUUACAUAAAAAAUGGAAUAAAUCCCUAGGAGAGGAUGAACUAAAAAUAAUGUUCAUAUUUCCUUAUUUCAUGGAAUCAAUCAUGAAAUUUAAAGCCAACCCUACUGAUAUUGAUGGUGGAUUAAAAAAUUUAAGGAUGACAGACUAUAAAGUUGAUUAUGAUAAUCAUCCUCUGUUUAUAACAGAAUCAAAUACAGGAAGAAAAUAUGGAUCUCCUGUCAGAUUAUUUACGAAUAUUCCUUUGCAUUUGUUAAAACUUCCUGAGAAAGAUGGUUACAGGUAUUGCAAAAAAUGUUUGCGGUGGGUGUCAGCUGAAAAUAAACAUUGUAAAAAAUGUAAAGAGUGCACUUCGAAAGAUGGAAGACAGUAUCAGCAUUGUAAUAAAUGCCAAAAAUGUGUCAAACCAACUUGGAAACACUGUGAAGUAUGCCAGCGUUGUGCUUUGGAGAAUCAUUCUUGUGAAAUUGUUCAACAAUUAGAUACUACAAAACAUGAUCUGAUAAAUAAAAACUCAAAAAAGAGCUUACCUAAAUCACGUUUAAAACGUAAAAAACAUCGAAUUGAAGACGUCAGUAAUAAGAAGAAAAAAAAACUUCUUUGACUUGACUUUAUUAGCC